AUGCCUUUUGUCUACUCGACCUUUGACGGAGCCCUCUUACAUUAUGUGGAUUUCGCUCCAGCUGCUGACCCGCCUCGUUUCCAACCAACGGAAGACCCGGCCAAGGACUUCGGCAAGACCGAUAUAACCCUUGUGUUCAUCUCUGGUUGGCCCAUGUCUCACCGUAUGUAUGAGCAUCUAAUGUUGCAGCUGUGUGAGACGUACGGCGUCCGCUGUAUUGCUUCUGACCGUCGUGGCUUCGGCAAAAGCGAAUGGACAGGCAACAGGAUGCAAGACAUCACAUACGACACCUUUGCCCAGGACACUGUGGAGCUGAUCCGCAAUGCAAAACUUGAGAGUUUCUAUUUUGUCGCUGCAAGCAUGGGCUGUGGGGAGACGUUGUUGGCAUACCUGGCGAUGGACGAUGACCUGAAGAAACGAUGCCAGGGCUUCAUCUGGGUAGGACCGAGUCUACCGCUCCCACUCCAAACUGAUGCAAAUCCCAAAGCACCUUCGAGGGAACUGUGGGAUUCCAUCUUGACCGGUUUCCGUCAGGAUCGAGUCGGCUUUACGCGAGCAGCUAUCCCAGGAGUCUUCGGGGUACCUUUCAAUAUCGGCAUUGAGGUCCCAGAAACGAUCUUGCAGAAGUUCGAAUGGAUUGUGGCUGAGGCCGACGCUCUCGCUAUCGAAAGAUGUGUGCAAAUUAUCACCACUAGAGACUUCACCGAGGAUCUGAAGAGGCUUAAUGACAAUGACGUGAAGCUGCUGGUGUUACAUGGGGACAGUGAUCAAGGCAUGCCGGCCGAAGCCAGUGCAAGUCUUAUCCCGCAACUCGCAAAGCAAGCACGUGUGAAGAUUUAUAACAAGGCAGCUCACGGGCUGUACUUGACUCAUGCGAAUCAGGUGUUGGAAGAUAUCCUCGACUUCGUAUUCGCGUCCCGAGGAUGCGGGAGUCCAGCUGUAGGGCAAAGCGUGGGGCCAUGA